AUGGAUACUCUUGUGGCCUAUUCGAUCGCCGGGAGGGUGCGCUUGAUGGCUCCUCAAAGAGGUCUUCUAUUUCUCGCUGUAGUGGAUCUGAUGACCGUAGGUGCUCUUUUUGCCAAGUCUGCGAUUGCCCUCGAGCAGGGCCUUUUGGUUCCUGCUUGGAAAAGGGAGAGAAAAAGUGAGCGUGGCGAACGUUCGGACACUAUAUUUCUUUCUAAACCAGCGACAUUGUUGUCGUUGUACUUUGUCGCAAUAUACGACGCUCUGGAGGCUUCCGCCGCCAUCUCGUUUAGCAUUUGCACGGCAUUCUUCAAGCCAUCUCUGUUGUCUAUAGUUUGCUCCGACUGCGAAGAAGGCCAUUUGGAUCUGGCUUCUGUGUGCCUAGGUAAACGUGAUUUAGCCGGAGGUUGCCAUGGUGUAGAUGAAGACGCUACCAAAGGCACAGCAUUUGAAGGCCCGGGAUCGCUUGUCCUGGAUAAAGCUCUGGUAUCGGCAAGUGCAGCCCUUGGUGGUGCCGUUAUAGGAGGCUCCGAGAGCCUAUAUCUUGAAGAGCCUGACGCAUCAUGUUUCGCAGAGUCCCGAAACUUAUAUCUAGAGGAACCUGAACCGGAAUUGGCUCUGGUCACCGCCGGAGAGGGGCUAGCAGAGUGUGGCAACGGCUUUGGGGGCGUGUGUGCUAAUGGUCUUGGUCCCAAAGGUCUUGUAUUUGAAGGCUCUGCUCCAAAAGAUGGCGCUCUUGAACGUGAUGAAGAAGAGGCCACCCGUGAAGUCUCUACUCUUGCGGCUGCUGCUCUCGAUGGCUCGGGUCUCGAUGGCUCGGGUCUCGAUGGUUCGGGUCUUGAUGGUCUGCCCAUAGGUGGCCUAGCCUCCAGAACUGACGCUCUCUAA